CAAGACGAGGUCGUGCGUCCGCCUCCUCCCGCGCGUUGCCGUCCGCUGUACGUCCACCGGUUCUUGCGAAGCUUCUUAGUGGCGCUGGAACUAUUUUUAAAAAGAGAAAGCGUGAGCGGUAUUUUUUUUUCUGAAGUAUAUGUCUUGCUCUAUGAACUCCAGCGUGUGGAUUUUAUAUUUGUCUGUGACGUAGUUGUAACUGUGAAUCAUGAAGUUGUUGCUCGUGGCGGCGCUGCUGGGCCUGGCGGUGCGAGUGAGCCCCCAGUGCAUUUCCCAAUUCGAUGACAUGAUUCCGCCCAACUUCGCCGACCUGAGCUACAUCCUGCCGUUCAGCCUGAGGUUGUUCAAGGAGCUCGUCCCCCACUCCGGCAACUUCCUCAUCUCGCCCUACAGCAUCUGGAACGCCCUCGUCAUGGCCUACCUGGGCACGAACGGCGAGACCAAGACGCAGAUGGAGAAGGUUCUGCAACUGAGCAACAAGGUGGAGACUCUGGCUCUGUACAGGUCGCUCUCGCAGCAUAUCAAGCAUCACGGAUCGUACGACAGUCCGGUGAAUUACAUCUUCGACAUCACAAACGGCGUCUGCGUCCACGAUAGAAACAUCCUGAAGGAUUGCGUGGCCCGCCUCCUCACCAGGGAACUGCAGACGGUGAAUUUUCAAAAGUCUGAGGGCUCCGCUGUAACGAUCAACCAGUUCAUCAACAAAACGUCUCGCGGCAACAUCCCUCAUCUCGUGUACCCUUUCGACCUGAACCAAGGCGAGAUGAUGAUGAUCAACGCCGUCUACUUCAGGGGACUUUGGCACAAGAGGUUCGCCGCCGACAGAACCCGGCUGGAGCGGUUCUACUCGACUCGACAAAAGCAGUACUUUGUCGAUAUGAUGUCACAGGAAGGCGAAUUCAAGACAGGCAUAUCUGAGGAACUGGAGGCGCAGGUGUUGGAGAUGCCGUUCAAGGGAAAGCGGGCCUCCAUGUACGUGUUCCUCCCUCAGGACCAGAACAACGGACGCGAGUUGGAUAAUAUGUUGAAGCGCAUGAACCCCGGCUCGCUCCUCUCCGCCAUGAGGAUCCUGGACCGCCGCGAUGUCGUCAUUAAUUUCCCCAAGUUCAAGUACGAAAAGUGUCUCGGCAGCGAGCUCAGACUGGCUCUUAUCCGCAUGGGCAUCCGCGAACUCUUCACGGAGUCGGCCGACCUGACCACCUUCUUCCCCGCCGGAGGACUCAUGGUCAAGGAUGACAUCCACAGGGCGAGGAUCGAGAUCAACGAGGACGGCGACGACGCCACCAAGACGAAAUGGUCCUUCGGGCCGCUCUCCGUCCCGCCGGCGCCGAAGCCCUUCAACUGCAACCGGCCCUUCCUGUUCCUCGUCAUGGACAGCUACAACACCAACAUCCUCUUCAUGGGCGUCUUCCGGCAUCCGUAGUGCGUCGGUGUCCUUCUUGCGGACGGACUCAACACGAAGGAAUUUAGGAUCAUGCUUGCACUUACGAGCCUGUGCGCUCUCUCUUCUGCAGGAAUGUUGAGUUUACAAAUCUUGCUUUUCAAGGGUACUCUGAAGUCUUCGUUGUUAAGACAAAUAACUUUCCAUAGCACAAUAGCAGGUAUUAUUUAUCUUUUUCACAUUGUGAUAUACAGAUUUUCUUUUGAUGCUCCGAGCAGCAUGGAAACCUGUAUUUAUGUAUAAUACAUACCCACACAUAUUGUGUGCAGCCGUCUUUUAAAAGAAGGCACUAUCUAACUUUCUUUAUGUUGUGGGCAGAAGUUGGCAAAAGGGUAUAACAGGUACCCUCUUGACAGAAAAGAUCCUCUGCUUUCGUUCUGUUACUUUUAAUUAAAUGUCCAAUCAAAUCUCGGCGGAAUGAUUAUUAUUAGAAUUAUUAGAAUUAUUAGAACUUGUUAAAAAAUAAAAACAGUAAGGGCAAUCCCCACAUACAUUUGAUUUAAAGGUAAACCUCAACGACAAGGAAUAACAAAUAUCGAAUUCAUGCUUAAAGUUUCAAAACAAAAUACACAGGUAAAAGUAUCCCUUCUGCACUGCCCUAUUUCUCUUAUACAUUUUGUAUAUAUUGUUGAUAAAUAGUCCAAUGUAAACAUAUUUUUAUUUGUUCUCUUCUCAUACGGUUUUCUUUUUUUAUUUUUUUUCUGAGUAAAUUUUGAUCUUUGG